AUGGCUGGUCAGAAGGUGCCAAGGACUAAAGAGCAUGCGACCAAGGUCCAGGAUGCACUAGACAAAAGCAAGGACAAAGAUCUCCCAGACGGCGAGAAUGCGCUCACGGACAUCGGAACCGGAUGGGAAGGAAGUCCGGACAUUCCAAGCAAGGAUGGAGGGGACUCUGAGACAGACUUUAUGUCCAAGCCUCCGUACAAGUGGGAGUCUACGGGCGAUAAGUUCAAGGUGAAAUACACUUCCUCUUGCUGGUGCGGCAACGUCGGCUUCGAGUUUUCACAGGAUCCGCUGUCGUCGAAAUGCUGCCAUUGUCAUGACUGCCAGCGCCUGCACGGCGCACCGUUCCAGCACGCCGUCAUCUUCCCCAAAGCUGCUGUUCGAUUGAGCAAGAACGAAGGCGAGAGCCUCGACUUUUUCUCGACUGAAAAGAAGAAAUCAAUCCAUUAUGUCCCCUGCAAAGUCGCUUGCACAAACUGUCGCUCGCCCAUGUUCGAUGAGGGCCGGUCGACGAUGAUUGCUUAUCCUGGCACUUUCAAGUUUAAAGACGGCAAGCUGCCGGCAUCGUUUCACCCAUCUUGCCAUAUCUUCUACAGCCAGAGGACGAUGGAUCUGGCCGAUGGCCUGCCCAAAUGGUCGGGCAUGAAAAACAAGUCCGAGCUAUUGGGUGAAGACGCUUGCGAAGUCACCGAGAAACACAUCAUGGGGUCGCAAAGGCCAGGAAAGCGUCAAAAAUCAGAGUCGAGUCCACGCAGAGAACUAGGGCAGACUGAUUCGAACAAGCGCAAUCGUAUACCACCACACUUGAGCUGGACUCAGACUCGCACCCUCUUUCAUAAUCAUCACAUUCAGCUAACGCGCUCACACCUUUUCACGCCUUUGUCGGACAAACGUCUUGCCAUUCUUGUCGCCGUCGCACUUGCCAUCGUCGCGCCGGUCUCUGUCAACGCGCAGGAAUGCGAGAUGGAAGUCUCGACGCACAAGUCACACCAUCACAAGCACAAACAUAGCCAUCACAGGCAUGCAAAGCACCACAAGCAAAAGGUCAUGAAGAAGAAGACCAAGAGCAAGAAGGCGGCUGCAAAAGGCAGCGUGGUCGACAGUCUCACGACGGCCAACUCCAAAGCAGUCAGCAAGUCCAAGUCAAAGUCAAAGUCAAACUCGACCUCUUCGUCUGCGGGCACGAGUAACACGACGACCUCGACGACGAGCGGGACUGCCUCAUCAGGACAUGUCUCCAAGCUGACAGGCGCGACGGCUCAGUCCACCGUCGAUGCCGGCCCGAACGGAUCCGAAGCUUUCCUCACCAAUGGCAUCUCAAAAUCGAACCCGUCCUCAGGCUGGGCACCCGCCAAAGUGACGAUGGACGAGCUCGUCUACACCUCCCUCGAGUCUGCAGGCAGCACGUUCAGCGAUUGCAAGGACUACUUUUCCAUCUUUGAAAAGUACGGCGCACUCAACAAUAUUCCGCCUAUCUUGCUCGCUUCUUUCGCCAUGCAGGAGUCGAGCUGCAAUCCCUCUGUCGUUGGCGAUAGUGGAGGCGCGUUCGGUCUCAUGCAGAUCACGUCGGACAAAUGCGGAGGCGCGCCCAAUGGCAAUUGCAACGAUCCUGAUUUCAACGUCAAGACUGCAGCAGCUUACUUUGCCACUACGCUCGCAUCAAACGGCGGCAGCGUUCUCGUCACGAUUGGACAAUACAAUGGCUGGACGCCAGGCAUGACUUACACGUCAGCCACAGCAGCAGCGAGCACAGGUUGCUGCGUCUGCCAGAACAAUCUCGACUACUUGCAGCAACUGCUCAACUGGUGGAUGCAAGGCAAGAGCGCCUAUUCUGGCAAAGCAGGCACAUUCCAGAAUCUCGCUGUCUGCGGUGAUCAAUCCUGA